UAUUUAAUGGACACUAAAGUUGACUUGAUGUACGAGAGCUUUUUAUCCGAGUUGUUGUCUGAGCAGCAUUUACCUCCUAAUCCAUAUCCCAGAUUGUUAUCAUUGUUUAGACAAGCUGGUAUGAAGAUGACUCUAUGGGGUGAAAGUAAUGAUCAAAUUAAAUCUAAAAUACUACAUUCUGGGGGUAAAUUGGUAGAUGCUGAGAACUAUGUAUAUCACUUAGCUGGCUGUGAUGUGUAUGGUCUUCAAACAGCUCUCACAUGUAUUGAUGUGCCAAACUUUCAAAAGGUGGUAAUCAUUGCAAAGCAAUUUGUGAAUACUGAGUUCCCACAAAGAAAAGGUCAGUUCAAGAUUGCAAUGGUGUUUGCUGUCAGUGGAUGGUCACCUUGGUAUGGACAGUUAAUGCCAUAUAUAAUCAAACUAGAUCUACAUGAACACUGUUAUUUUAAAGGACCAAUAGGUUGCCAUGGUGAAGCUAUUCUUAUUUACAUUGAUAUUGUUCGAGAGUAUUUGUUUCGUGAAAAUGAUAAUGGUUCAGUGGUUGUUAUGGGAUUGUACAUUGGUGAACAUUCUAGAUGGAGUAUUGAGGACAUCAAAAAGAAAAGCAGUGGUUUUGAAUUAGAACUGUCCAAAGCUAUUGAGGCAAAGCAAGCAGUUUAUAUCAAAAUGUACAAAGCAAUUGGUUGGAGAUAUUUAUGCAUACAAAAGCAUCUAUUAUUUCACUAUGUUGAUAAUACAGAAGAUGAUUAUGAGACGUUCUUUCCAAACAACCCAGUUAGCUUAUAUCAAAACACGUUUUUCUUACAUGAAAAG